UGAAUCUAAACAAGACUGAGAUAAUUGCAAAGCUACAAAAGAGAUUUCUUUUGAGAACUAAAUGGCAUGGAAAAAAACGUUAAUGAGGCAAUGUGCGUAUAGAAGGUUCGAUGAGAAAGGUUAUGGAUGCCCUUUGAGACUUGUGCAGGGGGCGUGUUCGAUGGCCCAGAAACGCGUGACUUUUCGUGACGUCAGAGACGAGCCUCUUCCGAAAUUAGGACACCCUGGGAGCGGUUGUGAAUUCCAAAAUUUUCAGCGAAAAAAAGAAAAUGCCGGCUAUCCAGUUCUUCCUCCCUUGCAGUUGCCCGAAAGCCGAAAAACAAAACAAAUUAGGAUGCCAAAUCAUGUUACAACGGCCCUGUUCGUCUGUAGUGGAUGAUGGAGUUUGCAAUCGAACGGGCCACCCUACCACGACGUUGUCACAUUUGGACGGCGUUUGCUGCAUUGGUUCUACCUUUACUAGUCGGAGUGAGAGGAGCAAUUAUUCACCCAGGUUGCGAAUGUGUCGAGUAUAGCAGCACAUUUGGACAGCCGUUCGGUCAGUUCACUAGUCCGGAUUUCCCGAAACCUUACGACCCGGGUAUUGGGUGCGUCCUCUAUACGUUCACAGCGCCAGUCGCAUCCGCAUCCGGCCCCGCCAUUUCGUGGAUCGUCGAAUUGACCAUCACGAAUCUCAACUUGCCUCCAACAUCCACGUGCGGAGAUGGGGAUCAUUUGGCGUUGUAUCUGCACCUGGAUCAAGGUGAAAUUAAUGAGAAAACGCCAUCGAAUGGCCGUCUGUGCUCGUUGCCUGCCAAACGAUCUGGCCGCUACGGCAGUCAGGCGGUGCGCUAUUACAGCGCCAAAUCCAGUUUAGUGGUUGCGUUCCACACGAUCAAAUAUGCGCCAACCGCCAAUCACCCGUCGUCCAAUCAUCGCGUUGACAGCUCGUCCUUUUCGACUCCAUCCAAUUCAACUCACGGGCCCUACGGAUUCAAGGGCACUUAUCGAUUCAUACGCAAAAGUAAAUUCAGAUCAGGUGGGCAGAGGAUUGGUGGCACCGUUUGUGAUUAUCAAUUCAUUAGCGGUGGCGCUGUGAGCCGUCAAGAUCAACAACCAUCUAGCAACAAAUUUUAUUCGCCAUUAUACCCGUCGUUGUAUCCAGCCCGUUCCAGGUGUCUCUAUCAUUUCUACGGAAGGCAUCAAGAACGAGUCAAGAUUCACUUUGAGAAACUGAUCCUCGGAGAGGAAGAUGUCAGUUGCUUGUGGAGCGAAGAUGGCGUGAAAGUCUACGACGGUGGCGACGUCCAGUCGCCCGUCAUUGCUCACCUGUGCGGCGUCAUUCAUCACGCUGAAUUGUGGUCCUCUUCGUCGUCCCUUCUUGUCGAGUUCUACUCUUCCAAUUCAUCGGAGCACACGUUCGAAGGCUUUGAGGGCCGCUACAGCUUCCUUCCGGCCGCCAGAGGCGCUGAUGAAUACGACGACAUGAUCGAAGAAGAUGACGACGAAGAAGAAGAAGAGGAAGACAAUGAAGACGGUUUCUUAAUCAAUCCGCCAGGUGUCACUUCGUCCACGACCUGGUCGACACCGACGACAUCGGCCGCCACAACCACCACCACCAGGCGGCGCACAUCGAUGACAACGCCCUCAACGGCCAGGACGAUCACUUUUAGUCGUCCGAUGAACGUGACGACGCCAUCGAUCCGCCGGGUCCAGGUGGCGUCCACCAAACCGACGUCGACAUCAACAUCUCGAACGACGACGAGGACGACGUCAACAACAUCGACGACGACCCAAUCGACGGUCAAGCAGACGACGCUGGCGCCGAGGACGUCGAAAUUACCGUUAAUAAUAGCCGCGACGACGACAGCGACGUCAGAGAUCAGCGACGCCCAGUCUAAUCUCGGCCUGGACACCAACACAAGCUCGCCGUGUGAUCGUCUCUUCCGCAGCGACGUUGAGAAGAAUGGCACGUUCACUUCGCCCGGUUAUCCGGCCGCUUACGGCCCGUUUAUGAAUUGCAACUACGAGUUCCGCGGUCACGGCCGGGAGCGCGUCCAAAUCAUUUUCACCGAUUUCGUCCUCCAUCACCCGCACGACGAUCCCAGCGAGAAACCUCAUCAUCCGUGGCUGAAACAAAGUUGCGACGGGGCGGACCGCGUGACGGCCUUCAUCUCUGUCGGUGGCAACAAAGAGAAGAUUGAUGAUUUCUGCGGCUCGGGCACGCCACGUGAGCUCAUGUCCAACUCGGCCGUCAUGUCGCUGCAUUUCCACAGUACGGCCGUCUCUAGAGGAGCACGCGGAUUCAAAGCACGCUACGCUUUCGUCUCCAAUUUCGGGAUCACGACUGGAGAACAAAUUUCUACUAGCCCGUGCGCCUUCCGCUUCAAUAGCACCACGUCGACCAACGGCACUUUUUGGAGCCCCAAUUUCCCUGGGUUCUAUCCACGCGACACGGAGUGCCACUAUUUCUUUCACGCCCAGGUCGGAGAACGUGUGAAAAUUGUGUUUUCAUACUUUGACAUUGAAGGCAUGAUCCCGUGUGGACUGACGUCAGCCAGCGAUUUUGUCGAGGUCUCGAAUUUCAUGACGGUAGACAGGAAAUUGCCGCGCUACUGCGGCCUCCAAAAGGACCUGAAAAUGGAGUCGGAUGGAGCCUUUUUCCGGGUCACUUUCAAGUCGAACGACCGAUUCGACGGAACGGGAUUCCACGCCAGUUAUCAGUUCACUCCAGUGGCUGAUGCCGUCACUAUAACGCGACGGCGGAGUUCCUCGCCUGCUUCCAGUUCUCCUUAUCCAGUUGGAUGUAUCCUGCUAUUCUAUCUGCUCGCAUACCUGAUCUCAUAGGAAAUUUACCUCUGCUGGAUGAUGAUUACGAGCUGAAUUUGGAGCCAUCACAACAAUACAACAACGUUCCUGGUGAAUGAAACUAGUUAAAUUGGAAAAAUGAGUGGUUUCCUAUUCGAAAUGUAUUUCGCAGAAAACAGUCACACAGAGAAAUAGGGCAUUCUUAUUUAAUAAUUGUACAAAUCUUGUAAUCCAUGUGUGUGUGUGUUUGAUUGGUGAGAUUAUGUCCAAUACCUCUUCCUCUUGGCCAUUCGUUUAUACAUAUAUAUACAUACAUCACAUAAAUUUUUGCUGAUUUUAAACUUAUUCUUCUCCAUUAAACUGUUUCAUCUUUACAAUCGAUGAGCUUCAGAAUUUUUUUUCAAGCUCUCAUUGUUUGUAUUCACCAGUAUGAAUGAGCCCCCAUUCCUUUUUGACACUUUGUAUAAGAUGAUUUAAUUCAUACAAUUAAUUCGUCUAGCAAUCUCUCUCCUGUUGUAUGCUGUGUGGAUUUGCUCAAAUGAAAGGGCUGUCAUCGCGUUCAUUUUAAUGAAAAUAAAUUAUGUUCAUCAAGACUUC